CAGACACGUAGAGUACACAAACGUGAGGCGCGCGCGCAGUGCCGCGCGGACGAAUCUUGCGCAUUGCACAGAUGACACUUACAGUCGUGUGCGUCAGUACGUGAACAUUUGUGCUUACAGGAUUUUUAUAAUUCAUGUCGUGAGUUCCAGUGUCAAUUUUUAUAUCGGAAUUUUUUGUUUGUUGAACAAAGAUGGCUCCAAUAACAUUUACGGAGACUGAGGUGAUAGAACAGCCUAUUCACGAGACUGAUUACAUACAAUACAAGUUGUAUCAGCCAACGAAGGACUCCAGAGACACCAAUGGGAAGAGCAACGGCGAAUCAUGCGAACUCAGCCCCUAUGACCAAAUGCUAAGCCCCAAUGACCCCAAGUUCCUAGCCCCCAUACGAAAACUGGAGAAAAGCCUAGGAUUUGUGACCCCGAUUAGAUGGUUCAACACUAUUUCUAUAAGCUUGUUCCAUAUCGGGGCGGUUUUAUGGAUGAUCCGCUAUAUAUUCCUGAACAAAAUGCCGAUAAAAUGGCAAACUACUGCAUUUGGGUAUUUAUUGGGCCAGGUGGCUGGGUUCGGAGUGACAGCAGGAGCACAUCGAUACUGGUGCCAUCGCUCAUACAAAGCAACAAAACCUCUGCAAUGGAUUCUUGUCUUGUGCUAUUCAGUGGCUGGUCAGAAUACAAUCUACGAAUGGGUUCGGGAUCAUCGAGUUCAUCAUAAAUUCUCCGAAACGUCAGCAGACCCUCACGAUGCCAACCGAGGUUUCUUUUUCUCACACGUCGGCUGGCUGAUGAUGAAGAAGCACCCUGAUGUGUUGAAGCAAGGCGUGAAGAUUGACAUGAGUGAUAUCGUCAAUGAUCCGCUUGUUCAGUUUCAUACCAGGCACUUCUGGCUAUUCAAGAUAAUGUGCUGCUGGGUCCUACCGUCGUUGGUACCUGCCUUGUGCUGGAACGACACCUGGGAAGCGUCCAUAAUGUCACAGGUUGUAAUCCGGUACUUGUUGAGCCUCAACUUCACCUGGUCUGUCAACAGCUUCGCACAUCUAUGGGGCAACAAACCUUAUGACAAAAACAUAAUGCCUGUUGAAAAUUGGGGAGUUUCUGUGGUGGCAAUGGGUGAAGGUUGGCACAACUACCAUCACACCUUCCCAUGGGACUACAAGGCAGCUGAACUAGGAAUUCCUAUGAAUUUAACUACCACAUUAUUAAAUUACUUCGCAAGUAUCGGUUGGGCUUACGAUUUGAAAGAAGCAUCUCCAGGCCUUGUCAGAGCAGUUGCCAAGGCCCGAGGAGAGCCAGCAGAAGACUAAAUCUGCCGACAGCGACAUCUAUGGAAGAAAUUAUUUACGUCAUCGCGUCAUUUUAGGUUGAAGGGACCGAUAUAUUAUCGAAAACAAAUAUGUUUUAAAUGUGGUAGAAUAUGCAUUUUAGUUGUAAGGGCAAAAGUGAUCUUAGGUUUUAUGUAUUAUUAAAUAAAUUAUUUACUUGGUAUUCUUUGGUAAAGUAAGUGUAAGUUUUAAGCUAAGUUUUUGUGAUUGCCUAGAGGGCGCUAGGGACUUUAAGGAUAAUAAUAAUUGAAUUUCGAAAGUUAAAUGUUGUUAUUCUUAUCCUAAACUAAACUUUACGAUUUAAGAACGACUUAUGUAUGGAUUACCUUAAAAAAUAUUUAUUUCAUUUUCUAAUGUAAAUCUUAUACUACUUGGAUAUAGCCAAGACACUCACAAUAAAAAUUUUGCUGUGAACAAACUAUUAAAUUAUUCCAUUAUAAAUUUGUAUUAACUUUGUAGGAGUACAAUAACGAUAUUAUUGAGUUAAACAAAUUGUGCAUACUAUCUAUUUGAGAAUGAAUAAAUAUUUUUAUAAAGGUGUUUUUGUGAA